AGUAAUUUUUUAUUUACAGGACAGUUUUGAGUGAGAUUUACGAAAAAAAAGGGAGACAUGGAUUUUCCUAUGAUCCCGACGUCGGCGGAGACGGUGACCCAAGACUGGAUCGCUCGGGUCGUCGCUGAUGAAUUCAAAACCGAGCCGACGAACUUAUUAAUAAAAAAUUGGAAUAUUACUGCGGGUGCUUUGCGAACAGACGGUUUCAUGAGCAGAAUGCAGAGAAUCAGUGUCACUGCGAGGAGGAAGAAGAUGGAUGCAAAUGACACAGAAGGAGAUCCGAAAUCUGAGCAAAAAUUCAGUUUAUUAGCCAAGCUGUAUCCUCCGGGAGAAUUGCACAAAAAACUCGUGAGAAAAAUGAGGGUGUUCGAGCGAGAAAUCCACGUGUUACACGACUACACGAACCUGGUCCUUGAACAGCAAGUCGUUGAGCCAAAAAUUCGCCCUUCGUUUGCAAAGCUGUUCUUCCAGGAAAUUGGUCUGGAAGCGUCUUGCCUAGUGAUGGAGGACCUGAAGGAAAUCGGCUUCCGAAUGAACGACAAGCGAUUGGGCAUGGAUUUGGCACAUGCCACCCUGUGUGUUCGGGCCGAGGCAGUUCACGCUGCCACUGGGUUCAAUGCGAAGCAACGCAUGGGGAUCGAACAGUAUUUGCUGCGAAAUGCGCCUUUGGUCGUGGAGGUUUAUGACAAGAAUUUUGGACAAAUAAUGGAUGUACAGAUCUUCCCCGGAACAAUUGCUUUCGCUAAAAGUCAGAAUAGGCCGGAUUUGGUGCAACGUUUGGAAGAUUACGUCAAGAAGGUGAAGUCCCCUUUCGCCAGGUUUAUGGCAGGGGUCCUCAGAUUUGGCGAAUUAGCAGUAAUGAGUCACGGUGAUUGCUGGAACAAUAACUACAUGUUUCGGUAUGAGAAAAACGAAGAAGGAAAAGACGUUCCGGUGGAAGUGAAGAUCUUGGACCUACAAAUCAGCAGGUUCAGUCACAUUACCGGAGACCUGGCAUCAGUUCUACUAGCAAAUGUGCCAAACAAAGUCAGAGAAAACUGCUUGAACCACCUGCUGCUUGAAUACUACGUGACUUUCAUGUCAACUGUGGAGAAGAUGGAAACCCCUUGGCCCAACAGAGCAGCUUACACGUUUGACGCAUUCCUGAAGGACAUGGAAUCCGCUUGGGAAAUGGGAUUCCUCAUCAGCUCCUGGCUUUUGCCCAUGAUUCUGUCGAAUGACGAAGAAUUGCCCAACUUCGAUGACAUAAAGGAUGACAGAGUAGAAGACUUAUUCGAGGAUCACGUAGACAAGAUGAGCCGUGGUGAUCAGGCGCACAAAUCAUCCGUCGACCUUUUUCAAAGAUUUACUUCUGUGAAACUGGACCCUGAUGCAAAUUUUGCAGUCACGGAAAAUCCGAAGCACUGGAACUUCAAGCUGAACUUCAAGAUACAGUACAUUCAUCCCACAGGCGAUUCGGCAGCAUCUAUAAUUCUAUUCACUCGCAAAUUUUCCAGCUCGAAUCCGUGA